AUGUUCGUGAUUAUGUCACUGUGCAUCCUAACGGUGAUUCUUUCUCAAGAAUUUCGUGAAUGGUUUGUCUCAAAUACAGUCAACAUUUGUCUGAGCAUGUCAGACCAACAGGGAGAUGUAACAUAUCAAGAUCUUCACAAUCGAACACGGCUCUUUCCAUUUUACAACGCAAAUUACAGUGACGAAAUACCCACAGCCUGUGAGUUUCCUAAGAUAAACCCGUAUGAACCUAGUGUCAUGAAAAUUGCAGGAUUGAACAAAAAGACACUCAACUGCGAAGGGAUGUUCAUGCCUGAUCUGACGUUCAUAGAGGGAGACAACACACUUAAGGUUAACAAAAGCAAGGUUGAGAAACAUAUGAGCAAAGACGAGUUUAAAGAAUGCAGAUACACAAAUGUAUAUCGUCAUGAUACAAAUGAUAAUGACUAUCAGUAUUCUAAAUGGUCAGACCCUUUCACUGAGAAAGUAGAACUGCCAAAAGAUGCCGAAUUUUUAAAAGUGGAGUGUACAAACAGGUCAUCUCACGUUGUGUCAAAGACUUUUUAUCAUCUGGUCCCAAAGAAAGAACAGUUCGAUGAGACGGAUUCUCUGAAUCUCAAAAAGCGGCAAGUUAUGAUCGCCCCUAAGGAAACUCUAAAUGUGAUUGUUUUUGGACUGGACACACUAACCAGAAAUCAAUUUCUAAGGGGCUGUAACGACACGUAUUCGUAUUUAAUGAAUACACUAAAUUCAUUUGAUCUAAGUUUACAUUCUCAAGUCGGAGAGAACACAUUCCCUAAUUUUCUUACCCUUUUUACAGGUCACUCAUUUAACGAAGUCAAGAAAUGGUGGACGGAUGAAAACCAUAUGGAUACUUUCGAUCUGAUUUGGCGGAUUUUUGAAAACGCGGGUUAUAAGACAUUGUAUACAGAAGAUUCGCCCUUAGGUGGAGCCUUCCACUAUCUGCGUAAAGGUUUUAUAAAUAAGUUUGCCAGAUAUAACAGUCGUCCGUUGGCUUUGGCCAUUCAGAAAGACAGAGAUACGUUUAGAAAAAAUAUCUAUUGCCUCGGAAACCAGGUAGAACUGAAUUUUCAUCUGGAUUACGUGACUUCCUUUUUGGAUAAAUUUUCUGACAAACCCGUGUUUGCUGUAGCGAUGGUAAGUAAGCCAACACAUGACGAACCCAGUGAUGCUAAGAUGUUCGAUGAGCAUAUUCUCAGGACGUUUAAGUCGUGGAAUGAUAAGGGUCAUUUAAAUAGAUCGGUGCUAAUAUCUUUCUCAGAUCAUGGCGUAAGACAUGGCGGAUUAAGAAAUUCUGUCAACGGGCAUGUUGAAAGCAAGACUCCAUACACAAUUUUAACAUUUCCAGAAUGGUUUCUAAAGAAGUACCCUGACGUGGCAGCAAACUUGAAACGAAAUACCAAACGCCUGACUUCCCAUUUUGACACCCAUGCAACCCUUUUGGAUCUACUCUACUUUAAAAGCUACGCACCACCACCACUUCCUCCUCUUAAACACGGAAUCAGUCUCUUCGACAAGAUCCCUUGGGACAGGACCUGCAAGGACGCACUCAUACCAUCAGAUUUUUGUCUCUGUGGUUACAAAGGUCUUAAGGAAAUUAACCUUUCUUCACAAUUAGCCAGUUCAUUAACCGCGCUUGUAAUCUCGGCACUCAAUUCAAAAACAGACAAAAAUCGUUGCGCUGUGUAUACCCUUGUACAAGUUAUUCGCAUCCUACAAAUAUCUCUUAAUGAUGAGAAUGCCAAGGGGAAACAGCAAACUAUUGUCUACAAGGUCAAAUUAGAGGUAAACCCUGGAGGCGCGUUAUUUGAAGGUAGCGUUUACGAACACAGUAAUGGAACAAAAUGGACAGUAGGUGAUGAAAUUGACAGGUUAAAUCUUUACCGAGGACAAGCGGAUUGCUUAGAAUUUCCAACAUACCGGCCGUUUUGUUAUUGUAAAAAUUUGUUAGCAAAAUGA